AUGAACGAUACGAAAUUUUCUUCUAUUCCCACGAAACGUGGAAGCACAAUAAAUAUUGAUAAAAUCAAUGGUCGAAUUCCUUCAAAUAUACCGUUAUAUCUCUUCGCUUUUCUUGCUUUUUCAAAGAUAAUAUUUGCUUUUUCAACUCACAUAGCACGUGAAUGGUUUUUAUUAUGUGGUGCUCCGGUUUCCGUUGUCACUUUUGGUGUCCUAUGUGGUGCUGGCCUAAUACUAUUAGCCUGGCAGAACUUCAUGGGUGGUCAUAAAGCUCUCAGUAGUACGAAGGGCACGGACCCUACUAUACCUAAAGACUUUGAUAAAUUUGAAAAUGAUGAUUUUAGUAACAUAAUAGUUGGUUAUAUUUUUAUUCUGUGUUCUGUUUGGUUGUCUGGAUAUAAGCGAACAAUGAGGAAAAGGUUAGCUACUGGUGUAGGUGGGAAUCGCCGUUUAACAGCUAUUGCUGUGCCACUUGGUGCUGUUCUGAUAUCACCAUUGGCUUUUGUCCAGUAUCUUAUGUAUUCAACAAAUUGUGCAAUGAACAUUAAAACUACCACCAUGAUGUUUGGAUGUUUAGGAAUUGGUUUAAUAAUACUUGAUUAUUUUGUUGGUCAUUCUGUCAGUAUUCAUGCUUCUCCACUCUUUCAUGUCACAACUGGUUGGCCUUUAUCUAUUGGGAGUGCAAUUUUAUUGGGACUUCUUUGGUUUUAUGGAGAAUUUUCAAUAAUAGAUAUUUUGUUGUGCUGCAUUAUGUUACCUGGAAUUUAUAAUCUGAUAGCAUCCGAUGUACGGUACGCUAAUGAGACUCAAUUUCCAUCUCCUGGAAUUGGUAACAGAGCAUUCGAACUUCCACUUCAUGGUAGCGUGGGUUCUUCGAAUAUUUCGAUUAAAGGAUCUGGUGUUAUAGAGUCUUUAGUAUGGACUAAUAGUUUAGGAUUAAUUUCGGAUGCUAUACAUAUGUUCUUUGAUUGUUUGGCUUUAGCUGUUGGAUUGUUUGCUUCUAUCAUGAGUAAAUGGCCUGAGAACAAUAAAUUCACUUAUGGUUAUAGACGUAUUGAGACUCUUUCUGGAUUUGCAAAUGGAAUAUUUUUAAUUCUUAUUUCUAUAUUCAUAACUUUUGAAGCAGUUGGUCGUUUGAUUGACCCACCAGAAAUGAGAACUGAUAGGUUAUUAUUAGUGAGCUUUAUGGGAUUGGUUGUUAACCUAAUUGGCGUUUACUUGCACAUAUUGGCUGAUACGUUUGGAUCGAUAGGAGUAUUAAUUUCCACACUUCUCAUCCAGCAAUUUGGUUGGACAGGAUUUGACCCAUUGGCUUCUAUAUUGAUCGCUGGAUUAAUAUUUAUGAGUGUCAUGCCUUUAAUCAAACAUUCAUCCGCUGUAUUAAUGCUCACCAUUAAUGAUGAGCUCGAGUAUCAAAUAACUGAAGGCUUGCAUGAGUUGUCACAUAUCCAUGGAAUUAUUUCUUAUACAAUGCCACGUUUUUGGCCUAAUGAUGGAGAAUGUUUAAUCGGUAGCAUACAUGUUCAAGUCACAAGCGAAGUAGAUGAACAACUUAUAAUAAAAGAAGUUACAAAACUUUUAAAUUCCAAAAUAAAAGGUUUAGAAGAACUAACUAUACAAGUUGAAAAGAUCGAAGGUGGAUUCCAUGAAUGCUUAUGUAAUCCUUGUAACUCCGAAUAUAGAUAUGGAGGUGAACAUUUUAUAAGACAAAUUAAAAGAAAAGAUUACUAA